UCUUUUUUAUUUUCUUAAAUUCCGUGUCAAGUCAAACUAUAUCAUUCUUUUUGAAACGGAGGAAGUAUAUGAUUGGAGCGCCGAUAAAGGUGCCUCUGUGUAACCUAUAAGUUAUGGGUUUGAGCUAUGAAAACAGUCAGUACUACAGCAGAAUGCCUACAUUACGCCUUUUGGGAUAUCGCUCCGAACUCUGCCAACACGUUCUUGCCUCUAUUAUUAGCUCAGGUAGUCCCCGUUUCUGAUGUUUUAGUCACGAUUUGUGCACCACAUGUAAUUUUAUAUGAUAUAUUGAAAUUAAGAUAUAUUAAAAACAAAAAACAUCAAAAAGAUGUGGAUGUUUUACCAGCAAUCUACGUUGCAAAAAAAAAAAGAUAAAGCAAAGCCACUUCCCCACAAUUUAAACCUCUCACAUUGCAAAAAGAAGAAGAAGAAAAAGUUGUUAAAUGCAAAGCCAUUAGAGAGUUUCCUGUUUUGUUGUUAACUUGAAAUCUGCAGCAUUAUUUGAAGACCAGUGGUGAAUUUUGUGUUUAGGUCCUUAUUAAAUUUGGAAAGAAGCAUGGAAGAGGCAAACAAGAAGAAUCUUGAGUUUAUUGAAGAGGUGACUACCAAUGUUGAUGAGGUCCAAAAGAGAGUUCUUGAUGAAAUCCUUACUCGAAAUGUUAUGGUUGAGUACUUGCAACGCCUUAAUCUCAAUGGUCACACUGAUAGAGAGACAUUCAAGAAAGUCGUGCCUGUUAUCACCUACGAAGAUAUUCAGUCCGAUAUCAACCGUAUAGCCAAUGGCGACAAAUCUCCAAUCCUAUGCUCCCAGCCUGUAUCCGAAUUCUUGACAAGUUCUGGGACGUCGGGAGGGGAGAGAAAAUUGAUUCCAACAAUAGAGGAAGAAUACUGGAGGAGAUCACAGCUUUACGGACUUAUGAUGUAUGUGGUGAGCCAAUUUGUUCCAGAUUUUGAUAAGGGCAAAGGAAUGUAUUUCAUGUUCAUAAAGUCUGAAGCGAAGACCCCGGGAGGAUUAUUAGCUCGUUCCGUUUCAACUAGUAUUUACAAGAGUCAUCAAUUCAAAAGCAGCUGUCGUGCGUUGCCCUACACGAGUCCAAUUGAAGCCAUUCUUUGCCUAGACUCUUACCAAAGCAUGUACACCCAAAUGCUUUGUGGUCUCUACCAAAACAGAGAAGUUGUCCGUGUUGGCUCUGUGUUUGCAUCCGCCUUCAUCCGUGCCAUGCGAUUCUUAGAGGAUCACUGGUCUCUACUGUGUAACGAUAUCCGAACAGGAACCAUUAACAACAAAAUUACUGAUCCUUCAGUGAGAGAGGCUGUGAUGAAAAUCCUCAAACCUGACUUGGAGUUGGCUGAUUUCAUCGAGGUUGAAUGCAGCAAGGAUUCAUGGAGAGGGAUCAUCACUAGGCUGUGGCCUAAUACCAAGUACGUGGAUGCAAUCGUGACUGGAGCCAUGUCUCAAUAUAUUCCGUUGCUCGAUUAUUACAGCAAUAGUCUUCCUCUCGUCAGUACUGUGUAUGCUUCCUCGGAAUGUUUCUUUGGGAUCAACUUGAACCCCCUUUGUAAGCCCAGUGAAGUAUGUUACACACUCAUUCCCACCAUGGCCUAUUUCGAGUUCUUACCAAUUCACAGGAGCAAUGAAGUCAUCGAUUCUCUCUCCACGUCCACUCCGCUUAAUGAGAAAGACAAACAAAAAUUGGUCGAUUUGGUUGAAGUCAAGAUUGGCCAGGAGUACGAGCUCGUUGUUACCACGUAUUCUGGACUGUAUAGAUACAGGGUGGGUGAUGUGCUUCGAGUUGCUGGAUACAAGAACAACGCGCCUCAAUUCAACUUUAUACGCCGUGAAAAUGUGAUCUUGAGCAUCGAAUCUGAUAAGACUAAUGAAAUUGAGCUACAAAAUGCAGUGAAAAAUGCAGCAAACAAUCUGAUGCCAUUCGAUGCACGUGUAACCGACUACACUAGCUAUGCUGAUACUGCUACCAUCCCAGGCCAUUAUGUCCUGUUUUGGGAGCUGAGCGUCAACGCCUCUGCCCCGAUUCCUCCUUCAGUCCUUGAAGACUGUUGCCUCACCAUUGAAGAAUCUCUCAACAGCGUCUACCGGCAGGGUCGUACGUCUGAAAAAUCCAUCGGGCCUCUUGAAAUCAGGAUAGUGGAAACAGGUACUUUUGACAAGCUCAUGGACUAUUGUUGCACUAGCUCAUUAGGUGCUUCCAUAAACCAAUACAAGACUCCCCGGUGCGUCAAACUUGCUCCACUCAUCGAGCUAUUGAACUCGAGGGUUGUGUCGAGCUACUUCAGUCCCAUGUGUCCGAAAUGGGUUCCUGGAAGUAAGCAAUGGAGCAACACGGAUUGAACUAUCUGUGGAUACUUACAGGCAGUGGCAGAGACAAAAUUUUCACCAACAAAGUUACAUUCAUGAUCUACUCUAUCUACCUAAAAUAAAGUUUGAUUGUCGUGUCUAGCUACUUCGAGUCCUUGUGUCCGAAAUGGGUUCCUGGAAUCAAGCAAUGGAACAGCUAACGAUCUUAGUUAGCUGUGGUGUUCUUUUUUUGGAAUAGUAUUAAGGAUUCGCUAGUGUUUUCUA